AUGUCUCAGUACGAUUCCAUCGGCACUCGAUACGACGUCAUCAAGACAACAAGCUUCAACGAACUGGAACGGUUCAACUUCCAAAAGAGUGUUGGGCCCUUUCUGCAGCAAGCCGAAACCGCUGUCCUCGACCUAGCCUGCGGCACAGGCUUCUACUCCUGCCUCCUUUUGGACUGGGGAGCUGGUUCCGUGACCGGCGUCGAUCUUUCAGCCCGCAUGUUGGCAGGCGCAGAGGCUCGGCUGAGCCAGACUCGGCACGCCAAACGGGCACGCUUCGUCCAAGGAGAUGGUCUGGCGCCCAAGACAUACAGCGCAAGCCUCGACGCCUUUGAGGUGGUGACUGGCGCUUGGUUCCUCAACUACGCCCAGGACGUCAACCAGCUGACAUGCAUGUUCCGUACGAUUUCAACCAACCUCAAGUCCGGCGGUGUCUUUGUCGGUAUUUGCUUUCACCCCACGGAUGAUGUGACGGCCUUGGCGUCGGCUUUGCAUGGCGGCGUGUGGGCCGAGACGGGCGUCUGUUACCGGUACCGGGAGGAGCUUCCCGGCGGCAUAGGAUACCAGGUCCAGGUCUUUGGCCUUCCCCAGCCAGGCGCUCCGCCCUCGGUCAAAGGAGUCGAUUUUAUGUGCUAUCACCUCAAGAAAUGUCUAUACGAAGAGGCGGCACGGGCUGGCGACAUGCAGGGCAGGCUGGAGUGGCGGAGCUGUGAGUUCCUCGGUGAGGAGUGGCGGAGAGAAGUAGGUCUAGAUGGCAACGACGAGGACUGGCGGAGACUGCAGGAAUGCCCGCCGCUGAGUAUCCUUGUCGUGUGGAAAGACUAA